AAUUCAUUCCCUUGAACUCUCUUCUCACACAUGGCAAUGAAUUGGAUGCUUAUUGAUUUACGUCUGUCGCUUUGUCCUGUUGCAUCGUCUUGUUGUCAAACUGAAAUUCUUUUGGGAGGAAGUCAAUGCGGCACAGCAUCGCCAUGAGUUGCAGAUAGUCACGCCGGUUCCGUCCAAACAAGCACGAAGACAUCGCGAUCAGCGCGGAAAGGUGGUUCGCCCAAAAAAAAUGUAUCACCUAGCUAAAGGGCUGUACAUGCUUGCGACCAGCAAGGAAGAAUACUCGGUGAUAUUACUCGGGCUCGACAAUGCGGGCAAGACUACGUUCCACGAGCAGGUCAAGAACCUCUUCAACCCGGGUGGCGAUGCGCCCUCCUCGGCCAAGCCGAUAAAGACGGUGCCCACGGUGGGCCAGAACGUGUCGACCAUCACGCUGCCCGACAUGUACAUGAAGAUUUGGGACGUGGGUGGGCAGCACAGCCUGCGCAAGCUGUGGCAGAGCUACUACACCAGCUGCCACGCCAUAGUCUUCAUCAUCGACAGCACCGACAUCGGAGACGGGAUCCUCAAGGCCGACAACGGUGAGGCGCACAACGCCGCGGGCGCCGCCGGGGAUGGGAGUGGAGGUGGCAGUGGUGGCGGCGGCGGCGGCGGAAUGACUGCCGAGGAGAUCGCGGCGGCCGCCGCCGGGGACAUGAACGGGAGGUUGGAGGAGUGCCGCCUGGUUCUCGAAGAUGUGCUGCAGAGCGAGGACACGGAGGGCGUCCCGCUGCUCGUGCUGGCCAACAAGCAAGACAGGGAGGAUUGUGUCGAGGUCGUCAGGAUCAAGGAGGGUCUGGUCAAGAGGGUGUUUGAGGGCGAAAAGGCCAACAGCAUCCGCGACUCGCGCGUUCUACCCGUCUCGGCCAUGAAGGGCACCGGGGUCAAGGAGGCCGUGGACUGGUUGAGGUCGAGGGUGAAGCUCAACAAGGAGAGCAGGCCGCCUGUCAUGAGGUGACAGCAGCUCUCACAGGUGCUUAGGAGCUUGUUACGGUGCGCUUAUGGUGGUGUGGUUGGCUGGUAGGCCCCGAGUCUGAGUGUGCAGUCUGUUGCCUUGGCUGGUUUCCUACUUUUGUUACGAUUUUAUGAAUUCCAGGAACGGCGUCAUUAUGCCAUAGCAUUUGGCUGGGGUAUCAUCGGUUUUGUCUUUUGUUUUCUUCUUUGGUUUUCUAUUUCUCUUUGGGCGUCUUCUAUAUGCAAAAACACCCUCAAGUUCACCUCUCGUUCUCUGCCGACAACUCCGCCAAAAGUCCGCCCUUGUCCCUCUUCUUUGCGUCCUCUGCAAGUUUGUCGUCCAAGAGCUUGGAGAACUCCUUGGCCUUGAUCAAGGCUACCGCGUUGCACUGCAGCAGCAUGACAGCCUCGAUGGCGGUCCCUCCCAGCUUUGCGAUCUGGCAAAUCUCGCCGUGACGGUUCAGGCUGAUGGUGCAGGAGCUCACGCGGACUUGCUCCUCCAGCCAAUUGGCGUCGACGACAAACAUGUCGCCCAGGUCGCCGAAGAAGCUGAAGGUGACGCAAAAGGGCGAGUGCAGCCAGCUCAGCGGCACGGGUUCCCUCUCGGCGGGUGUGUACACGGUCACGACCUCGCCCUCGAUGCUCGUGUCCGGUUUCCUGAAGUGGCGCAGGGCGGCGACCACGGCGAGGCAGGAGGCGUCGAUCAGGUUGCCGUCGUGGGACUCGGCAUGCACGUCCACCCGGACGGACCAGCACUUUUGGCCCGCCACCAGGCAUAGGGACUCGGUGUCGAGCGCGUUGGAUCGCCGGAUCGUCUUCUCGAGCAGUCGGGAGAGGAGGACUUCGGUCUCGGUCGGUCGGUUCACCUCGAAAGCGGGGGAUGCCAUUGGACUGAGCUCUGUGACGAUGUUGAAGACGCCAUCAAAGGGACGGUCGGUAUAUGGUAUUGUGACUUCGGCUGAAGCUUUUGCGACAAUUCUACGGGAUAGAUUAUCAGUAUCGAGCACUUUUGUGGUAACGCCAACUUUUUGCAUUGUCCAGAAAGAUGUAACUUUAUAUAGAUUAGAUAUACCUUGUUUUGCCAAAUUCAAC